AAAGCGGCGAGUGAGAUGUGCCGGACCAGUAAUCGGGGGAAACAGCCGAACACUUGCAGCCACUUCGGACGAGCGCACUCCAGAGCAGCAGGUUAUUAUCUAUAUUCUGUGUGAACAAACAAAGACACGAAAAUGCUGCUUUCUUGGAAUUAUUUUCAAAAACUCAAGAACUUCAAAAACUCUUCUCGGAGUAUCGACUUGAACAACAACAACAGCUUUGAUGCUGGGGCUAAAUAUUCUAAGCAUUUCGAAGAUGACCUUCAAAAGAUCGAAGAAGAGAAAAAGGCGCAAAUUGUCCCGGAAAUUCAGGUAGAAAAGGUAAAUAAUGUAAUGCCCGCACCUUCCCAGAUGCCCCCUCGGAGCUGCGCUCAGAACCCGGCUCGUUCCCGGUGUCCGUUCUUCAUCAAAGUCAAGAACAUCGAGGACAGCUCCAGUCUGCAGGACACUCUGCACCACAGAUCCGCGAAGCACCUUCCCUGCAAACCCAGCGUCUGUCAGGGGUCCAUCAUGAACCCCAAGUGCCUGUCUCGCGGGCCGCGAGACAAGCCGGUGCCAGCAGACGAAAUUCUGGUCCAGGCUAUUGAAUUCGUGAACCAGUACUAUCAGUCUUUUAAACAGCCAAGGACGGAGGACCACCUGGCUCGCGUGGAAGCGGUCACCAUGGAGAUUGAGAAAACCGGCACCUACCAGCUGACCUUCGACGAGCUCGCGUUUGCGGCGAAGCAGGCGUGGCGGAACGCGCCCAGGUGCAUCGGCAGGAUCCAGUGGGCCAACCUGCAGGUCUUCGAUGCCCGGCAGUGCACUACCACCAAGGAGAUGUUUGAGUUCCUGUGUAAUCACCUGAAGUACGCCACUAACGAGGGAAACCUGAGGUCCGCGAUCACGGUCUUCCCGCAGAGGAGCGACGGGCAGCAUGACUUCCGGGUGUGGAACGGCCAGCUGGUGAAGUACGCGGGGUACCAGAUGCCCGACGGCACAGUCCUGGGGGACCCCACCAGCCUGGAGUUCACAGAGCUGUGUGUUCAGCUGGGAUGGAAGCCCCGAUACGGCCGUUUCGACGUGCUGCCCCUGGUGCUGCAGGCUAACGGCGAGGACCCCGAACUCUUUGAGAUCCCCCCGGAGCUCAUUCUGGAGGUCCCAAUGGAGCAUCCACAGUACGAGUGGUUCAAAGAGUUGGACCUCAAGUGGUACGCUAUGCCAGCUGUCUCAAACAUGCUUCUGGAAGUGGGGGGCCUGGAGUUCACCGCCUGCCCCUUCAACGGCUGGUACAUGGGCACCGAGAUCGGCGUGAGGGACUUCUGUGAUGCCAACCGCUACAAUAUCCUGGAGGAUGUGGGCAGGAGGAUGGGACUGGAGACGCACAGGCUCUCCUCCCUGUGGAAGGACCAGGCUCUGGUUGCCAUCAACGUCGCUGUCAUUCACAGCUUCCAGAAGCACAACGUGACGAUAAUGGACCACCACUCGGCCGCCGAGUCCUUCAUGAAGCACAUGCACAACGAGUUCCGCCUGCGGGGGGGCUGUCCUGCGGACUGGGUGUGGCUGGUGCCCCCCAUGUCCGGCAGCCUCACGCCAGUCUUCCACCAGGAGAUGGUCAGCUACAUCCUGAGCCCCUUCUACUACUACCAGCCGGAUCCCAUGACGGUCCAUGUCUGGAAGGAUGAACAGAAAAGACCAAAGAAGAGGAAGAUCUACUUCCGGGACCUAGCCAGAGCUGUCUUCUUCACCUCCUCCCUGAUGCGCAAGGUCAUGGCGGCCAGGGUGAAGGCCACCGUCCUGUACGCCACCGAGACGGGCAAAUCCGAGACCUUCGCCAAGAAACUCAACACCAUGCUGAACUGCGCCUUUAACUCCAGGGUGCUGUGCAUGGAGGACUACGAUUUCACUGACCUGGAGAAGGAGACCUUCCUGGUCAUUGUCACAAGCACGUUUGGAAAUGGAGAUUCUCCGGGGAAUGGAGAGACUUUCAAGAAAUCAUUGUUCGCCCUGAAGCGUCUGAAAAACAAGUUGAGGUACUGUGUGUUUGGCCUGGGCUCGCGGAUGUACCCCCAGUUCUGCGCGUUUGCCCACGCCGUGGACAAGAAGCUGGCAGACCUGGGGGCGCAGCGGCUGACCCUCACUGGAGAGGGGGAUGAAAUGGGCGGUCAGGAGGAGGCCUUCUCCAGCUGGGCUGGCGUAGCUUUCAAGGAUGCCUGUGAGACGUUUGAUAUCCGUGGCCAGCUGAACAUCCAGCUCCCUGGCAGUGACCGGCUGAGCAACACUUGGGACCCCAAGAGGUACCGUCUGGCAAACGAGAGCCAGACGCUGGACCUCAUUAAUGCGCUUUCUACGAUCCACUCGAAGGACGUUUUUGCCAUGAAACUGAAAAAGAGACACAAUCUUCAGAGUCUGCACUCAAGCCGUUCCACUAUCCUGGUGGAGCUGGUCAGGCAUGGGACACAAGAUCUGCGCUACCUCCCCGGAGAGCACAUCGGGGUGCUCCCAGGAAACUGCGCCCAGCUGGUCAGCGGCGUCAGCGAGCACCUCAACGACGCGCCACCGUCCAACCAGACCCUGCGCCUGGAGGUGUGUCCCAGCACCAGCAAGGGGGGCGCCGCAGACUGGGAGACAGACACCCGUUUCCCAGCAUGCACCCUGUCCCAGGCCCUGACCUACUUCCUGGACAUCACCGCCCCGCCCUCCCAGAGCCUCCUCCGCAAACUGGCCCAGCUGGCCGCAGAAGACAGCCACAGGGAGCGGCUGCUCACUCUGGCACAGGACACCAAGGAGUACAACACCUGGAAAACAUUCAACAGCCCCACCUUCCUGGAGGUCCUGGAGGAGUUCCCCUCCCUGCAGCUCCCGACCACCUUCCUCCUGAGCCAGCUGCCCCUGCUGAAGCCCCGCUUCUACUCUGUCAGCUCCUCCGUGGAUCGCCACCCUGGGGAGAUCCAUCUCACGGUGGCUGUUGUCCGCUACAAUACCAGAGAUGGACAGGGGCCUCUGCACCACGGCGUCUGCAGCACCUGGCUCGACACCAUCAAGGAGGGAGACGUGGUGCCCUGCUUCAUCCGCAGUGCUAAUGGCUUCCAUCUCCCUGAGGACCCCACCGCUCCAGCUAUUCUGGUCGGACCCGGGACCGGCAUCGCGCCCUUCCGGAGCUUCUGGCAGCAGCGGCUGCAUGACCUGGAGACCAGAGGGGUCCGAGCGGCGCCCAUGACCCUGGUGUUCGGCUGCCGCCAGUCCAACACGGACCACCUGUACCGGAAGGAGACCCUGGAGCUCAAGCGCAGGGGGAUCCUUAAGGACGCCAUCACUGCUUAUUCCCGGCAGCCCGGGCAGCCCAAGGUGUAUGUCCAGGACGUGCUGCGGGACAGGUUGUCCGAAGAGGUGGUCAGAGUCCUGCAUCAGCAGCAGGGGCACAUCUACAUCUGCGGAGACGUGAGGAUGGCGCGGGACGUGGAGGAGACUCUCGCGCAGAUCCUUGCCCACAAGCUGGGCAUGAGUCUGGAGCAGGCUGUCAACUAUCUUUCCCAGCUCAAGACCGAGAAGAGGUAUCAUGAAGAUAUAUUCGGAGCAGUGUUUCAGAAAUGAGAGACAAGAGCUGGAGCUUGGAUCACUACAGGACCAAAGAUCUCCAGCACUGAGUUACUGAGAUGAAGAAAUACGACAGAUUAUGUGUAAAAUGAAGUGACUUCUGCAUUCUUUACUGAAAGAUUAUAUAUUUUGUAACUUAAUGUAUUUAUAAGAUAGUCUAGCUAUAAGGAAGAGAUGAUAAUAUUGCAGUUUAAUAUGGUAUUUUGUAUUUAAUUUUGUUCAUGUUUUUAAUGUUAUUUUAUUACCUUUAAACACUGAUGAAGAGUGGAGUUAAACAUUGAAAUGAAGAUAACCAGUGCUUGGAAUAUGCAUCAUUGUAUAUUAACUGAUUAAGUUGAAAACAAUGAUAGCUGUUCACGAAUGGAAAAUCAGUGUAUGUCUUUUAAAUGCGUUGCGUUUUCAUGGUAUGCUACCUAACUGGUGAAAGGGUCUUUUCAGUCUUCAUCUGAAGCUUGACUUUAAAAAAAAAAAUGAUAUUGAUCUUUGGAUCAGGACAUUGGUCAGCCUGUUGGUACUGUAUGUGUCUAUGGCACAAACUCUCUCCAGGGCCUUGUUUUUGCUGGGUUAGAGGAGAGCUGCACAACACCUUUGUAUGUAGGAUAUGCAAAUAAAUAUCAGAUAAAAAUGGACAGAAGGACUUGUACUACUUAACUUUUAUAGAACCAGAGUAUAAAAAUAAAUGUAUAUAGAAAUGCUUUCAUGCACAGAAUUAUGUAUUAUAAUAUUUUUUUCUGUAAAUUAUAUUCUAAAGUCUGUUUCACAAGCUCUUUUUAGAAACAAGCCACUCUUAAUUAUUCUUGUAUAUUGGCUAAUAGAAAACAUCCUUUCAACAGCUUUACUUUUACUUGAUAAGACUUUUGAAUACCGACGGUCUAAGGGAUUCCAUGUUAAUGAAGUGCUACUUCCAUAUAUAUAUAUAUUUAAAAAUGGUGUACGUGUGAAAUACUGAAAAAUAUAAAUAAACAAUUUUCCAUAUUAAA